GCACCGCCCUGGAGAGAGCGAGCGAGCGAGAGAGAGAGAGAUCCAGACCCCCCUCCCAUCCCUCCUCUACAGACUCCCCACCUAACAACCUCAGCCCCGCAGCUAGGCUCUCUAGCAAAGACCCCACCCCGCCCCCAACCCUCCCUGAGAGAGGGGACGGAGCGAGACACUCACCGAGGAAGAAGAAAAAGAAGAAGGGAAAAAAAUAGAACAAGAUCGCUUCGGGUUGCCCUCAAUCCGGGCCUACUAAUGCUGUAGCGUAGAGAGGAAGAGCGACGACAACGCACUGAUUGAGGAGUCGGCGUCGCGGGGUGGACCAAGGCGGAACCCGUGGGGGGAACACGACGCUUGUUCAUUCGCUUGUUCGUUACCAUCAUGGGAUGUACGCUGAGCGCCGAGGAGCGAGCUGCUCUGGAUCGGAGCAAGGCCAUCGAGAAGAAUCUGAAGGAGGACGGGCUGGUGGCAGCCAAGGACGUCAAGCUGCUGCUGCUCGGCGGUGGAGAGUCCGGCAAAAGCACCAUCGUCAAACAAAUGAAGAUUAUCCAUGAAGAUGGAUUCUCUGGGGAUGACGUGAAGCAGUACAAGCCCGUGGUCUACAGUAACACCAUCCAGAGCUUGGCGGCCAUCUUGCGAGCCAUGGACUCGCUGGGAAUCGAGUUUGGAGACAAGGAUCGAAAAGCGGAUGCCAAGCUGGUGUGUGAUGUCGUGAGUCGCAUGGAGGACACGGAGCCAUACUCAGCGGAGCUUCUCAGCGCCAUGAAGCGGGUUUGGGCUGACGCCGGGACUCAGGAGUGCUUCAACCGGGCCCGCGAAUACCAGCUCAACGACUCGGCCCAAUACUACCUGGACAGUUUAGACCGGAUCGGGGCUGCAGACUACCAGCCCACAGAGCAAGACAUUCUGAGAACCCGAGUGAAGACCACCGGCAUUGUGGAAACUCACUUCACCUUCAAAAACCUCCAUUUCAGGCUCUUUGACGUGGGAGGCCAAAGGUCAGAGAGGAAGAAGUGGAUCCACUGCUUUGAGGAUGUGACCGCCAUCAUAUUCUGUGUGGCCCUGAGUGGUUACGACCAAGUGCUCCAUGAGGACGAAACAACUAACCGCAUGCACGAGUCCCUCAUGCUGUUCGACUCCAUUUGCAACAACAAGUUCUUCAUUGACACCUCCAUCAUCCUCUUCCUCAACAAGAAGGACCUCUUUGCGGAGAAGAUCAAGAAAUCACCGCUCACUAUCUGUUUUCCCGAAUACACAGGUGCUAACACUUACGAUGACGCUACUGCCUACAUUCAGGUUCAGUUCGAAAGUAAGAACCGCUCUCCCAAUAAGGAGAUCUAUUGUCACCUGACCUGUGCCACGGACACAGGAAACAUCCAGGUAGUGUUCGACGCCGUCACCGACAUCAUUAUCGCAAACAACCUGAGAGGGUGCGGCUUAUACUGAGCACGGCCGUCGUCGCCGAGAGCGUGAGGCGUUAUAUCAUUUUCAUGGUACUUAAAAAAAAAACCACAAACACACACGCACACAAAAAUAUGUAGUUCAACACGUCCGAAAUGAACCCAAAGAGCUGCCGCAAGACGUCAGGUCGGAUUCAUGUCAUGAUUUUCUCCCCUUCCUCUUCUUAUGAGUUCACGACCCCCAGUUUUGUCUUUGAAUGUUUGAAUGAUUUGCUGAUGAGCGUAAACAAACAACCAGGGGAGGGGGUAAGGAGCAGCAAAUAACCCUCCCCGAGUAUUGUCUGCUGCUCCGUUUCGACGAGCGAUAAGAUGGCGCAGACGAUGCUGCCAAUACAUCAGGGGAGGCGGCGCUCUCAUGGCCAGGAAGCACUCCUCCCCUUCACAUGACCGAGUAGCCCGCAGGUCUUUUCCGCUCCUUUUCUCUUGUCCUUCGACAGAAAGAGAGUAUUAUCCUGCGUAGAGUGGCCUCCUGUACUCCGAGGACCGCCUGUAGGCCGAAAAUAUCUCACAUGGGGGAGGUGGGGGGGACGUCAUGUUGGUGCCAACCAUCUAAGAACAGAUCAGGAUCCCAGUUGGUUAUUAUUUAAGGUCCUGACCAUUGAAUUGUUGAUUGUUUCAAGCCUCACGCCCCUUCCUCCAACCACACAUUGGAUUUGUACUCGUAGCCCUCAAUGUGAAUCUGUUUAGACAUAGAAGACUGCACAAGGAGAAUAUCAUCGGAGGCAGCCUCUGUCUGUGAGGGGACUAUCGUAUUCCAGGCCUCCAUCUUAAAACAUUCUCCCCUAACACCCAUCUCAUCCUCCUUACCACGCAGAAGUAGAGCUCUCCAUUUUCACCCCAAACUCCGCUUCUCCUUCCCUGUAUACACAUCUCUCCUCAUAUCCCAUCCAGUCUCACCUUAAAAGCACCGUAUUGUAUAUAAAUAUAUUACGAUUAUACCGGAUUUUUCUUUUUUUUACUGUAAAUGUUUUUGUGCUGCACCCCAUCUUAUUCUGUAGUUCAUUGGUUGCUCUCAUGUGGAAUGUUUGUGCUGAGCCAAUCGAAUGUUGUGUUUACAUUAAAGCUACACUUUUCCUAACUA